CACUGACAAAUGACAGCUUCUCAUUGCAGACAACAGCUGUGACGGGACCAACGACUCCGAGCUUCACAAACACUCACAGGUAAUACUAAGUACUCAGGAUGUCCAAGUUGGUCAUCAAGCAGCCGCAGCCUGUGAUGGACUCCCAAGAGUCGGACGAGUGGGGAUCGGGUAUAUGUGACUGCUGCCAGGACAUACCUCAGUGCUGUUUUGCUUUCUGGUGCUGUCCCUGCUUCGCCUGCCUCACCACCAAGAGCUACGGACAAUGUCUCUGUCUCCCCCUGCUGGACGUCUUUGGCUUCAUCCCGCCCAUCACCAUGUCCAUGAGGGUUUCCAUGCGGCAGCGAUACGGCAUCAAAGGAACCAUGUGCAUGGACUGCGUGUACGCGACCUUCUGCGUCAGCUGCUCCUGGUGUCAGAUGUCCAGAGAGAUGAAGAGGAGGAAAAUCCAGGUCGUUCUGGUCGGAGCCAAAAACACAUAACACACUCACACUCUUUGAAAAGGACGAGUGAUUUAAAGUCCAGACUGAAAAAGUCCUGCAGUGAAAGUUUGCCUGAAAUAAUAAAGUUAUUUAAGUUAUUGUAAAAAAACCCUCUCACAGUGAUGAAGUGAAUGACAACAAGUAGCUUUUUAACUGAUUCAUGAUCAGAGUCUUUCUACUGAGACUAAAACUGAUUACUUAUCAUUUUGAUUUACUUUAACCUUCAGAGAGAAAUGACGCAGUUUGAGUCAUAACACCAAGAGUCUUUUAUAUAUGUUUUGUGUUUGUGCUUUAUUUAAAAGAUAGAUUUAUAUUUUUUCAGAUAAAUUCACACGUUCAUACUCAUGCGUUGAAAUAUUAAGCCAGAAGAUCAAUUUCAAAACUUACACCAGAAAUAAUGAUACAAACAGAGAAUUUAGUAUGAAAUAUACUCUAAUUUUGGAAAAUACCAACAUGAAUUUCAAUUCAUAAUCAUUUUUAUCCCAUAUCUGUAAAAUUCGGGAAAAAUCCUUUUUGUCACCAGUGGACGAUUCCACCAACAAGUAAUUAACAAAUUACAUAUUGAUUAUUAAUUUACAUAUUAAUUAAAGACCUGGAAAUGAAUCUCUUCUCCACCCUUUGGUUUUUCUUGCUUCUAUAAUCAAACCUGUUGCUUUAAUUCAUGAUCAGACAAACCUGAAGAAGCUGUUAUAUUAGUUAUUGAUGUAUUGCCAAUAAAAUGAAUUAA